AAACACCAUAUUCCAAUUUAGUAUUCAACAAAAAUAUAAAAUGAAUCACAUAAGAAAUGCACCAAAAUGACAUUCACAACACAUCAAUGAAGAUCUUAACAUUUCUCCUCUUCUCUUUAAUCUCUAUCUUCACCACAUCAAAUGCCAUUGACACAAUCUCUGCAACUCAAUCUAUUAGAGAUGGUGGUCAGACCAUAGUUUCAGCUGGUGGGUUCUUUGAAUUGGGAUUUUUCAGCAUCAAUACUGAUAGAUAUUUAGGAAUUUAUUUCAAGAAGAUAUCUAAUGGAACCGUCGUUUGGGUUUCUAAUAGAGAAACGCCGCUUACGAAUUCUUCGGGUGUACUACAGUUUGAUAGCAGAGGAAGUUUGAUACUUCUAAAUCAAGUAAACUCGACGAUAUGGUCUGCUAAUGUAUCGAGAGCUCUGCGGAAUCCGAUUGCGCAGCUUUUGGAUUCGGGGAAUCUUGUUAUUCGAGAAGAAAAUGAUCUUAACCCGGAAAAUUACGUGUGGGAAAGUUUUCAUUAUCCUGACCAAACGUUUAUACCUGGAAUGAAGAUAGGAAGAUUGGCCGGAGGCUUGGAGGUUCGUUUAUCGUCAUGGAAGAGGCCGGAUGAUCCUUCGAAAGGCGACUACACUUUUCAACUUGAUUCCACUGGUUUACAGAUGGUUAUUGAAAAGAAUUCAGUUUUCUCAUCUAGAUCAGGACCAUGGAAUGGUGUUGGCCAGAGUGGUUUGCCUUUCUUGAAACCGAAUCCAAUUUAUAACUAUACAAUGGUUAUCAGUGAAAAGGAGAGCUACUAUACUUUUGACCUUGUUGACAAAUCAGUUUUUACCAGAAUUGUUUUGAAUGAGAAUGGUGUAAAUGAUCGGUACUUGUGGGUAGAUCGGACCCGAGAGUGGCAGCAUAUCUCAUCUGCACCAUCAGAUUUUUGCGAUAGUUACAAUAUAUGUGGUGCUCAUGGCAGUUGUGACAUAGGCAACACACCUGUAUGUUCGUGUUUGAAUAAAUUUGUACCGAAAAUAGAAAGUAAUUGGAAUUCAGCGGAUUGGACAGACGGAUGCGUACGAAGGACGCCAUUAGAUUGUGAGAAAGGAGACGGAUUCGUAAAGUAUCCACAUAUUAAAUUGCCUGAUAUGCUGAAUUAUUCGACAGAUUCAAGCAUAACCUUGGAGGAAUGUGACGUGAUGUGCUUGCGAAAUUGUUCUUGCAAGGCCUAUGCUAGUUCAAACCUCACAAAUGGAAUAGGAUGCUUCUUUUGGUUCGGAGACCUUAUUGACAUGAAACAAUUCGAUGUAGAUGGCGGGCAAGAUCUUUACAUUAGGAUGACUUCUUCAGAAUUAGAAAACCAUGGAAGCUCCGGUCACAACAAAAAAGUGGUGAUCAUAGCAAGCUUAGUAUCAUCAGCAGUAAUUUUCAUGCUUGUUCUGUGUCUAGGCUUCUUCUUACGAAAUAAAAAGAGAACGAAGCAGCAAAAUGCACAAGGGACAUGGGAAAACUAUCAAGAAGAUAACUACUCUUUUGAUAACGAUGAUGAAGAUCUAGAGCUACCUCAUUUUGACUUCAGCACAGUAGCUAAAGCUACCAAUAACUUCUCAUUCAACAAUAUGCUUGGCGAGGGCGGCUUCGGACCUGUGUACAAGGCCAGUUUUAAAUAUGGAGAAGAAGUUGCUGUGAAGAGGCUUUCCAAGGAAUCUAGACAAGGGAUUGAUGAAUUUAAGAAUGAAGUUAAAUGCAUAGCCAAACUUCAGCACAGAAACCUGGUCAAGCUUCUCGGUUACUGCAUUCAUCAAGAAGAAAGGAUAUUGAUCUAUGAAUACAUGUCUAAUAAAAGUCUAGACUGCUAUAUAUUUGAUGAUGACAGAAGCAAGCUACUGGAUUGGCCAAUGAGGUUCCAUAUCAUCAAUGGAAUUUCGAGAGGACUUCUCUAUCUUCAUCAAGACUCUAGACUAAGAAUUAUUCAUAGAGAUCUCAAAUUGAGUAACGUCCUACUAGAUAAUGAAAUGAAUCCAAAAAUCUCAGAUUUUGGCAUGGCGAGAAGUUUUGGGGGUAAUGAAACUGCGGCAAGUACAAACAGAGUAGUCGGAACAUAUGGUUAUAUGGCACCGGAAUAUGCUAUUGAUGGACUGUUCUCAGUGAAAUCUGAUGUAUUUAGCUUUGGUGUUCUGGUGUUGGAAAUAAUUAGUGGGGAGAAAAACAGAGGAUUUACUCAUCCAGACCACCAACUUAACCUCGUUGGACAUGCAUGGAAACUUUUCAAGGAUAGCAGAUACAUAGAGCUUAUAGACGGAGUAGUAAUGGCAUCUUGCAAUCGAUCAGAAGCAUUAAGAGCGAUUCAUGUUGGUCUCUUAUGUGUGCAAAAUGAUCCGGAAGAUAGACCAAGCAUGUCAUCUGUUGUUCUAAUGUUGAGUAGUGAAGGUCCAUUGCCCGAGCCUAAGGAACCAGGAUUUUUCACGGAAAGACGAUUGUUUGACGCAGAAUCUUCUAAACAAGAAUCAUGUUCUGUAAAUGAACUUACAAUUACAAUGAUAGACGUUCGAUGAAAGUUGCCAACGGGGAUCCAAUUUCGCUGUAUGAUGGUGAUAUUAUCUAGACCUCUAGUAUGAACUCUAGCUAAGGCCAAAGAAGUUAAUGACAACAGUUUCCUGGAAAGCUAAGAUUCUUACUGACCAUUUUUUUUGUAAAAAUCAGCAACAAUUGUUCUAAAUAUUCAAUCUUAUUGGUUUACCACUUUCUUUUUA